CGCGUGAGAGAGAAGCGUCUCAAACUCGCGGGAUUUGAUCAUGAAUCACGAAUCCUCUUCAUGAAGAUCCGUCGCGCGCGUUGUCUCGUGAGUUGUCUCGUGAGUUGUCUCGUGAGUGAUGUAUCGUUUGUUGUCACUGGAGCGCGGGCGACGGAAGCGGCGGCUCGAGCUCAGUCUAGCGGGAAUAUGUGAGCUCGAGAUGCUCAAGCAGCGGCACGAGACGCUCAUCAGCCGCGCGCUCGCGCUGCACGCGCCCGACAGCCCGAUCCGAGCGCACGACGACUGCAGCCCGAGACGCCCGCCGGACACCUCGUGGAGUCUGAUGAAUAUUCUCCAGCAUCAGGUUGGAGAGUUGAGGGUGGAUACAGACAGCAGCUCAGUGGAGCCCCCUACAGACGCCGGAAACCCUCAGCCCUCCUCAGGUUUGUGUGAACAGAUUGAAGCUCAGUCUUCAGUCAGCGUGUUGGACUCAUCUGGUCUCAGUGAGAUCUCUCAGUGGUCCGCUCAGAGUGACCACCUCACAGAGAGACCUAAAUCAGCUGGUGAUGUGUUUGCUGUUGAUCGUGAUGGGAGCGGUGGGAUGCGAGCAGUGGUCCCUCGCUCUCUCUCUGCACCCCACCCCCCGCUGGAGGGCAUCACAGAGGGCCUCGGGGAGGAUGAGCUGUGGUCCUGGCGGUCCGCAGAAGAAGACCCCACAGAAGAGGACUACAGACAGGCUCAGCGCGUGGAGACGUUCAUCCUCGGCCUGAUCCAGCGUCGCUCUCUUUCUCUCAGACCUAAUAAACCUCGGACCAGUCUGGGACCUGAGACCAGAGGGGUGGUCCGACAGAGCAGCCUCUCUUAUAAAGAGUCACCCUACAGCCCUGAGCGGUCCAAGUCCUCGCCCAGUCCAGAGAGACACGCGUGGAGCCGUCGCGGUCUGGACGAGGAGCAGCACGUCCGUUACCCCAAACCCGACCUCACUGGGAUUCGCUCUACCUCGCUGGAUUUUCCCUGUGCCGCUUUGGACCCCAGCAGCAGCGAAACCGAAUCCCCGCAACAUUUCCAGGGUUACCCGCCGCCCCGCUCUGCCUCCUCUGAUGAGCAGCUGGUGAACGGUCAGUAUAUCCCAGCACAGCCCUGUCACGCUCAAACCAGAGCCACACCCCAGCGGGCGCAUGCCACCCCCAAACCCGGCCGCGGCACAUACUCCCCCGAGAGGGUCCCGGCGAAGACCCGGGCCACCCAGAAGAAGUGUCGCUUCACAGAAGAAAAGGUCACGUCAAAGAAACCGGGCCGAAAAGCCUGUCGCGCCCAAUCAGAGAACAGUUUACUGGGCCAGCGGGUCUCAGAGCGCAAAUUUAACACGGUGGAGCGCGAUGCCAGCCGCAGCGUUCAGCCAAAAACACGUCGCGCCCCAGGAGCCUCCAGUCACCGCCGGUGGCGCUCCACGCUGGAGCUCAGUCAGGACGAAGCUGAGCCUCCUCCCGAACAACCAAUCAGGCGCUCCCGCAAACCUAGACCCGCCCCUCCUCCCUGCGUCUACAGCCAGCCGCCGCAGCACUAUCAUCAGCCUCACCUCCGUGCUGAAUACCCUCAGCGCGCCCCUCUGUGCCUGCCGGACCCCGUCGCAGGAGAGUCUGAGUCCAGUCUGAGCGAGGCGGAGUCGCCCGGGUCCAGCUCUCUCUCCAGUGACUCUGAUGUGAGCGGAGGGUUGGUGUGGCCACAGCAGCUCCCCCCACAGCUGGCGCCGCCCUCUCCACCCACCGGAACCUCACCGCAGCCCAAAGCCUUCGUCAAGAUCAAAGCGUCUCACGCACUCAAAAAAAAGAUCCUGCGAUUCCGAACUGGAUCUCUUAAAGUCAUGACCACAGUGUGAGACGAGUUUAUCAAGUGUGUUAUGCAGAUAUAUUUCAUUAUAUUUGAUAGAUUAUCUGAAACUCUUUAACACAGCAGGCAUUCUCACUUCUUCUUCUGUUCAGUUCAUUUCUGCUCCUGUCAUGUCAUCUGGGGCGGGGCUUGUUUAAAAUCACUCCCGUUUCAUCAAUUUCAUUCAGAAUUGUCCCGGACACACACACAAACACACACACACUGGUUUCUGUGUUUUAUGGGGACAUUCCAUUGAUCUAUUGAUGUAUCAGGUUUAUGAUGAAUUCUAUCCCCUAACCCAACACCUUAACCUAAUAAUCACACUAACCUUUCUGCAGUUUUUAAUUUUCAAUAAAUAUCAUUCUGUAUGACUAUAAACUGUUUUCCCUCUGGGGACCUAAAAAUAUGUCCAUUUGGACAUUUAGUCCUCACACAGUGAUGAAUACCAGUUCACACACAAAGAACUUAAAUCAUUAUUCCUUUAUUUAUUUAUUGUACUGACUAUAUGAGUCACAUCAGGACUUUAUUAUGAAUGUUAAAGGUCUUUUAAAGCUAGUUUAACUUGACAUGACAUCAGACACACGCACACACGUGUUUAUGAUGAUGUCUCAUGAUGGCUGAUUGUCUUUAUGAAUGUAAUCUGUAAAUAAAGAUCUGACACUGAG